AUGACGUCCAGACUGGACCGUCUGUUCGUGUUGCUGGAGGCGGGAGCUGGGGCGGCGACGCGGCGUGCAGCCGCCCGGCAGCUGGGCGAGGUGCAGAAGGCCCAUCCAGAGGAGUUGCACCGGCUCCUGGGCAGGCUGAUGAAGUACCUGCGCUCGCCUGCCUGGGAGACCAGGAUCGCCGCAGCGCAGGCCGUUGAGGCGAUACUCUCAAACGUUCCAGAAUGGCAUCCCACGCCAGCAGCUGUCAAGAAAGAGGAGAAACUUGAGCAGGAAGAUAGCGGGCGCCUCCGAUGCGAGAGCUUCGACAUCGAGCGCGUCCUGAGGCACGGCGCUCACCUCAUGGGCUCCGAGGGUCACGAGUAUGACCUCGACGAGGAGGCCCUGAGUGCCGGAGAUAUUAAGGAGCGGUUGGCAAAACAGAGGCAGCAGUUAAACGCUCGCUUGGGGCUGGACGUCGCGUCUAAACUGGGAGUAGACCUCACGUCGGUCUACUCUAAUGAAGACCUGGUGCCGGCCAAGAUUCAGAUCAAACAGGAUACUUCGCGGGUGGUGGCGCCGGUGCGCGAGACGUGCGCGCAGACGCUGGGCGUGGCGCUGGCGCAGCUGCGCGCGGGCCGGGUGCGGCUGGUGGCGGCCGCGCUGGCCGCGCUGGCGCGCCAGCCGCAGUGGGAGGCUCGCCACGGCGCCCUGCUCGCCUUCAAGUACCUGCUGGCCGCCAGGCAGGACAGUUAUCCUGCUAUCUGGUGCAACCAGCGCCCGGGA